UACUAACGAAGACACAGACAAGAAAAUUGAUCAGCUAAAAAAUGAAGAGCGGACCGCAAUUGAGCAGCUGAAACAAGCUGAGUGGGAGCGGGAUCAAUUAGAGGAGGAAAUGCGACUAUUAGAACUGGAGGAAAAAACUCUUGAAGAGGAGGAGAACGAGUUUUGGCGAGCUCACAACGAUCUUCUUCUGUCUUCAGCUCAACAGUCUGCUCAGCUAGCUUCACUCCGUGCUGCUUAUGCAGCCGACUAUGCUACUCUUGAAAAGCUUGAGCGUACCAAUGUUUAUAAUGACGGUUUUUGUAUUGGCCAUGACGGUGUAUUUGGGACUAUUAAUGGACUCCGGCUGGGUAGAGUACCAGGGGUUCCGGUGGAAUGGCCAGAGAUCAACGCUGCUUGGGGUCAAACUCUUCUGUUGCUUUAUACCAUUGCUCGGAAACUCGACUACACAUUUGAAAACUAUCGCUUAAUCCCCAUGGGGUCUUUCUCAAAAAUAGAGAGAACUGUGGGUGACAAAGCGACAUAUGAGCUUUAUGGCUCAGGUGAUCUCCACUUUGGUCGCCUUCUGCACAAUCGACGGUUUGAUUUCGCAAUGGUCGCUUUUUUGGAUUGUUUGAGGCAGCUAAUAGAUCACGUCAAGUCUCAAGAUUCACAAGUGGAGUUUCCUCAUCAAAUUAUCAAGGAUAAAAUAGGUGAAGCUUCGGUGAAGCUUCAGUUCAGCCAGGAAGAGGCAUGGACUCGUGCGUUGAGACACGUUCUCCUGGCCCUCAAGAUUAUAUUGAAAUGGACAACCAAUGGCAGCAAUGCUUGACGUUGACGGCCUUCCGGAUUGCGCAGAACACAUGACAGUUGUCGGACCUCAUCAGUACGUACGUACACUACUUAUCUCAUACUUCGAUUCUCCCGAUACAAUUGCAAGCUGUACGACUACUGUGCAAUCGGCCCCUGUUUGCUAUCACAUGUCCAUCGCCCAGCUAGGCUGUGGCUUUCGAGGACUCGAGAGAUUCCGCGAAGAUGAGCUGUUCAUUAACGUUCAUUUCUCGAAGCGUAUGAUCGAACCCAACCGUCUGGACAUGAACGUGUGGGUGCUGACAUGCGCCUCAUGGUAUAGCUACCAGCAACGUCGUCGCAUAUUAAGGACGCUGCCUUAGUCAGAUAUGGGUAGCUUACUGUGCAGUUUGGAUCGCUUGAGAACAGGGAU